AUGAACAGUUCAAAGAGGCUCAUUAAGCUGGCCAGAAGAUGGCAGAAAUUUGCUGCCAUCCGAAGAAAGAGAAUUUCAUUUCCAAGUCUAUAUGAUGAUUCAGAUAGCUGCAGUACAGUUUACAAGGGUCAUUUCACUAUCUACACUGCUGAUCAGAAGCGGUUUGUUGUCCCUCUAUCAUAUCUCGAGAAUCAUAUCAUUAGGCAACUCUUAAGUAUGUCUGAAGAAGAAUUUGGACUUCCAAGCGAUGGGCCAAUUACACUACCAUGUGAUGCAGUCUUCAUGGACUACAUCAUUUCACUUCUUAGCCGAGGUUUAUCUAGAGAACUUGAGAAUGCACUGCUCGUUUCAGUUACUUCUCAUCGCUGUUCAUCAGCUCCGUUACUCCGAAAUCAGGAAUUGCUAGUUUGCUCAUAUUAA